AUGGAACUGACAGAUUACAUUAAAGUUGCUAGUGUUGUUUAUGCAGAAAAGCAUCAACCGGCUGGAUCACUGUGUUCCUGUGAAGGAUUGAUAAAAGUUGCUAGAUGUAUUGAACAGGAGGGGUGGAUGAACUUAAAGGAGGCUUUUAUGUUGUCAAGUCCUGGGAGAGUUUAUUCAUCUGUACAUGCACGUCAAAAGCUUUUGCAAAUGCCGCUGGCAGCAAUUGCUGUAGGCAAUCAAAAACAAGGAACCCGAAGGCUUUUUCUUGUCCGGAAGCAGCAGUUUGUUAAUUACAAGAUUUUUCAGUCCCUACAGAGUACAUUGGUAGAAUCUCAGAAGGAAUGCAUGUCCAAAGAACAGAUGAAAAAACUUCUCAAUCUUGCUGACAGUGAGGCAGAAAGGAAACGGUUACGGUUCGCUGUAGUAAGGGGGGCUGGAAUGUCCACCGAAAAGGCACGCAGUGUCUAUGGUUUCCAUGACAUGACGCGAACAAAGAAGGUAUUGGAUGCAGCUGAGGAAGCACAAGAUAUCAAGGAAUGCAUGCUCAAGGUUGUCCGCUUGAAGGAUAAAGCACUGCUACAGGCAUUUGGUGUUGAUGACAGUGCAAGUGAAGAAAGUGAAUCUGAGAGUGAGACUGAUGUUGAUUCUGACGAUACUUCUGGUAUGUUAGAUGGCGUAAAGAAUGGAAACAAGUCUAGCAACAGGAACGAGGAUGGCUCAAAAGAAGGAAGUUCUGAGCUUCCCCCAACAGAGGAAGGUGUGAUACCUCAUCAGUUUCAGCUCCGAGAUUACAUGAACAGUGAUGAAACAUACAAACAUGUUACAGAAACAGAAGGUGUGUACAUGAAUUCACAUCAGCUCUUGGACAUCCUUAGAAAGUGCGCACUGAACGGGUUUGAAUUUGUCAUGAUUCUCCAAAGAUUACUCAGUAACAUUUCAGAUGAAGCUUUACAUCAGCUUUUGUUAGACUUUGGAGGUCAAAUCGCUUUCCUUGGUCUUAGUGUUGAAGAGGAACGUGUUAUAGAGCAGUCACGCCAGGCUUACCUUUUGAGUCAAAGGCUGCAAAGCAUACGAGGCGAAGACACUGGCGAAGAAAUUGUGUCUGAGUCUGAUGUAAGUGAAGGUGAAAUGUUGCAGGUUGAAGACUUGCUGGGGGAAAGAGGGAGAGCUAUCUUGAACAAGAAGCGAUCUGCUGUGCGAAGGAAAGAAAUUCGUGAAGUAAAGCGAAGAAUAGCAGAGAGGCGUUUUCAAAAAAGGCGUCGCAGUAAACGAGUUUCACAAGUGCUGCGAGACUGUCCAGGCAUUGGUCAAGCCAUAGAGGAUUUUGUAAAAGCAUGCGGAGCAGGUGCUGAUGCCUGGCGGCGUAUUGGUGCCUUAACGUUUGAUGGCAACAGAAAGAUCAAACAGAAAGCUACAUUCAAGAAAAUAAAGGAGCACCUGGAACAGAAGUACAACCGAUCCAUUUCAUAUGGUUCCGUAGUCCAGUUAUGUGUAGCACGAAAUAGGAGAAGGCGUUCCGCUGUUCGGUAUAAGGGUGUGGCAAAUGUUAUCCAGAGAAGAGCACGCAAGGGAUUCAACCUUAAAUACAAUCCGGAUGUACACUGGAGUUCGGCCUUUUAUGCGUCACUCAAUCAUCUUCAGUAUAAAGAUGGCCACAAUAUUGUCAAUCUAGGAAGAGAUGACCAGGCCGGUUUCCGGCUUGAUGCAAUGACCACACACAAGCUUCACUCCACUCUUUCCAUCAAGGGAAGUGAGCUUCUUACAACCUACACGGACUAUGUUAACAAGUAUCCAUCAACCUUGCAAACAACAUCCUACAAUUUUUCUGGGACUGAUAGUACUGGUGAAAUGUGCUGUGGUGUGGUUAAAGCAACCCCGCUUCACUCGGAAAACGCCGCGCAGCAUUUUGCUGAUCUGAAAGAAGUAGAGAAAAAGCAUUCUGUUCGACCUGCAUUCAUUAAUCCGGUUACUCAAGAGAAAAAGAAAAUAGAAUGUAUUCGUGUUGACGGUGGAUUUGAUGAAGGACCGCCACAUAAAGAGGUGCAGUAUUGGUGGACUCGAAGGCAUUUGGAGGCGGAAACUGUUGUAACUCUCGUAUCAUCACGUAACAGUGGUGCAAGCUUUCGUAACCGCGUCGAACUUCAGAAUGGAUGCCUUGCUCUAGGGCACGCAAACCUCUUCAUACCAUCUACACUAAAUGGGUCAUGCUUAACAUCUUCGGGAGGGGUAGAUCAGAACGUGCUGCGUAAGAACCUUGAAUCUGCUAUAGAUGUUUACAUUUCUAGAGUAGAUGGCGCCCCUUGCGCUUCUACUGAAAUCCAUCUUUACAAAAGGGUAGAUAGCGCGAAGUACCAGGAGAAAAAUGAGGUACUCAAAGUGUUUCUGAAAGGAAGUAAGGCUGCCAAGUCCAAAAUUGAAACAGAAAAACCAGAGUUGUAUUCUCUAGUAAAGGAGACGUGGGAACUCCGUGGGAAGCAUAUCAGAGAAGAUGUCCCAAGUAAAUAUGUUUUUAUGCUUCAGUGUUGUUUUGAGGACGACUGCAUCCAUCCUGUUUGCAAGGAGGGAAAACUUAAGAAUGAGACAUGGUACCCUGGUGGCCCCAGUAUUACUUUUGUCCCCUUACCUGUUCCAGAUCCUGCGCGCCCAUUCAAUGGUGGCAACUGUAGCGACUGUGGAACUCAUUAUUGCUAUGGACAUUACAUGAAAUAUGAUAAAGUGUUAGCACGGUUUUUGGAACAAGGAAAGUGCGAUUAUGUAGCUCCACCUUCUGUUGUUUUACUUGAAACCUACAACAAGUAUAAAGCCAUUCCACCACAGCCCGUUGUGAUGGAAACUGCACAGAAAACGCUUUUGCCACAAGAGGAAGUUGUUAUGUGGUUUGAACAUCUGCACCAAAUAGCAGAAAAUCGGAGAGCUGGAGCAAAGAAGGCUGCUGCAGCACGGAAAGAGAAACGAUGCACAAAGACAGUAAGCUCUUGCAACAGUGGUUCAACAGGUAAAACAACUGUUUCGGCUGUUUUUGACAAACAUGACCCUAAGGAACUUUGCCAGGAGUGUGGCAGAACCGAUCUCCCAGACCGUGAGUUGGACACGGCUUCUUGGAUUUCAUGCGAUGGUUGUCUUCGAUGGUGGCACAUGUCUUGUCUUGAUCUUGAGAAAGAUGUUAGCGUAGAUAAAAGGAGCUGGCUUUGUUUAAGAUGUAGUGAGGUCUCGUAA